CCGCCGUUGUUUGUGAGACCUCUAGCAAUGAGCCCAGCCCCUCCUUCACUGGGCUGCGCUGCCUCGAAGUACCUGCCGGUCUCCAGACGUCACCAGGCGCUGGUUAUAAAGCGCAGGCGGCAGAGCAUCUCCCCAGCUCGGUCUCUGUGAGAGGCUCAUCCUCGAGAAGUGAGCUGGACGCGGGCGGAAAGAUGUUUUACUCGGGUAUCCUGACAGAGCCGAGCAGGAAAGAAGUGGAGAUCAGGGAAGCGGCAUCUCUCCGCCAGCAGAGGAGGGUGAAGCAGGCGGUUCAGUUCAUUCACAAGGAUUCUGCAGAUCUCCUCCCUCUGGAUGGGCUGAAGAAGCUGGGCACUUCCAAAGAUACUCAACCACAUAAUAUCCUGCAGAAGCGCCUGAUGGAGACGAAUCUAUCAAAGUUACGAAGCAGCCGCAGCAGCUGGGCUCCAAAGAGUGGUAACUCAGCGCAGACCAACAAGCUGAACCAAACCAAAGUGGGCAGCUCAGGGAAAACAGAGGACGAGGAGCUCAUAGUGGUGAGCUGCCAGUGUGCGGGGAAGGAGCUGAAGGCCGUGGUGGACACUGGCUCACAGCACAACCUCAUGUCGUCUUCUUGCCUGGACAGGCUAGGGUUAAAGGAGCACCUCAAAGAACUGCCUGACGAAGAUGAGAUGCUUCCAUUGCCACACAAGGUGAGGGCGAUCGGCCAGAUCGAGAGCCUCGCCAUCACGGUGGGAUCGGUUCCCGUGGAGUGCAGUGCCAUUGUUGUGGACUCUGAGAAACCCUUCUCCUUUGGGCUGCAAACUCUGAAAUCUCUGAAGUGUGUCAUAAACAUGGAGAAGCACCAUCUCCUUCUGGGGAAGACAGACAGGGAGGAAAUCCCGUUCGUUGGCAGUGGCAGCGCUGCGGUGGGAGAGCACAGUUUGGAGGCAUAAAGAGAAAUUGAAACACCAUCUCCAUGCAAGAGCUCGACAUCAAAGAAAUCUUGUGCAGCUGUUCCAGAUGAAACAGCAGUGUGCUGCUUUGAAACCAUUUAUACCAGGCUACAGCUUGAGUAGAGCUAAAUGAAAUCCUGUUCAGUAGCCAGUUAUUUAGAGAUAUUGUCAUGUUUAUCUUUGGGUUUUGAGAAACAAACGUGUGCUUAUUUUCUGGACUUUUCUAUAUAGUGUCCUCUUUAUUACAAACAGUUGAGAAAACCUUAUGAACUUCUUCUGAUGAGAAAAAUCCUUUUUAUAGUGGCCUUGUAUGGGUAAUUGUAUUUAGCUGUGAUUAGAGGCUAUCUGAAUGAAAUUUUUAUCAAUGAUUUUUCCAGGGGCUAAGCAUUUAUAUUCACUUAAUUGAUAUUGCCACAUUCAAAUAGCCAUCACCAGGAAGUUACUCAGAGUAAAACAAGAAUGCUAAUACCACCGAGAAAUUGUAGCUCAUCCUGUUAGCAUAGUAUUGUUGCCAUGUAAUUAGGGAUGCAACUGCUGGCUUGAUGAGAAAAAGCAAUUACAGAAUUAUUAAUGAAUUAUAGGCUUCCCUGCAGUGGUGUGGCAGAAGCACAGAAACAGGGUUUGGGAGGGCUCCCGGGGUGAUCUCCCAUAGUCCCCAGCCUGCUGCAGGGUUGGUGCAGCAAAGGGGCAGCCCAUUAUGGCACUGCCUUGCUGGGGUUCAAAGCCCCCUGAGGAGGGGUCCUCCAGGCAGGUCUUGGCUAUCUUCCUAGCGGGAGCAGUCGGGACAGUUAAUCAUUGUAUUGAGCCAAAAAGCAACAAACAAGCACAAAAGUAUGCUGUCUAGAGAGCAGCAGGUACGGAACCAAAUGGUCCCAAUGUGCCUUCGGUUCUCCCCUGCUGCCGGGGCUGGUGCCUGCCUGCUCGCCCAGCACCCAACCUGAAGCACCUGAGCUAUGUGCUGGUGCAGGUUGACUCCAUUUGGAUUUGAGUGUUCUUGCCAGAAAUGCCAUACUUUUAAUAUUUAUUUACAAAUUUCCUAGGAUCUUAAGUACAAUAUUAACCUUGGCCACCCUCAGGGCAGGUGGGAGUUUUUACCAGGACAAACAUUUAACUUGAUGUUACUGUCACGUAGCAGUAGGGUUGCUACUUCAUGUGCUGUUCACUUGCAGACCAGAACAAACAUAUUGCCUGGGGUAUCCUUGCCUGGCACAAAAGCAGCUUUCUAGAUUUUUAAAGGCGAAUGGGAAUUAAUUACUGUCAUCUGCUGAAGAGGCAUUUUUAAAGCUCAGAACAAUAUCCUUGCGAUGAUGUGUAUCUGCCCAUGGCCAGUCCUGCUGCGUCCAGAUCUGCAAGGGCCAGCUGUGUAUCCCAGGAGCAUUGCUCCAGCAGCUCUUCCUUAUCAAAAGCCCUUUGGCCCCACACAGGCAUAGGCUGCAGCUUGGCUCAGCUGGGCUGCGGGGUCUCCCAUGGGAUCCAAGCUGCCACUCAUGUGCUUAAAGCCCCCCCCAUACAUUAAUGCAUUGCUCACCCAGGGGUCCCGUGGUGCACAGCAUCAGCUGCAAUCACUAACAUCGUCACUGGCAUUUCCACUUAGAUGUCUUGACAGUCCUGGGUGAGGACCAGUAACUCCUGUCACCUUGUGGCCAUUGGCUCAGGUUUGGAGCAUGUCCCGGGAGCCAGUCUCCUGCCAGCAUUAGUCAGUCUGUGCCCAGGAAUGUCAUCUCAUGCCUGCCAGGGCAUUUAAGCUGCAGCUUUAUCUCCUGCAGUGGGUUUGAACUUCUUUCCAGUAUUGGGUGUGAGUAGCAAAUCUGAACUAUCCGUACUUUGAGCUAUUUUCUAUUUUGGUGAUAAGCUUCAGUGCUUUCUCUACAUACAGUAUUUUAUAUAACACAGUUAUAUAAAUAUAUAUAUAUAUAUUUACAGAGUUGGGCUGCCCAGGGCAGUCCCACUGAUGUGCUGUAGAAAUAUUUCUCUAAAUAUGAAAUAUAUUGGAUUAUUUUCUAUGCUGAGUUUGGUAUUUUGGUACUUCUUUCUUUCUGUGCUUAUUACUGUGCUAGAUGUCAAACUAAAUAUAAAUAAAGUUACAUUGUUAUUGCUGUUUA